AUGUCUGUUGCUAAGAGUGCUGCCACCAAAUUGAACUGGGCUCAGGUCAUCUCCUCUUUGGGAUUGACCGGCAAGACUUCCGCCAGUUUGAAUGCAUUCAAGAAGAGAAACGACGAGGCCAAGAAGGAGCACCUCGAAUUGUCCGGCGAGUCCACCGAGGUUGACUUUGCCCACUACAGAAAGGUGUUGAAGAACCAGAGCGUUAUUGACGAGGUUGAGAAGGCCGUCAGCGGCUUCAAGCCCGUCACUUACGACGUGUCCAAGACCUUGAAGACCAUUGACAUCUUUGAGCAGAAGGCUGUUGAGAACGCCAAGUUGACCGAGAAGUCUGUCUUGGAGGAGAUUGAGCAAUUGCAGGCCACCUUGAAGGACAUUGAGGGCUCCAGACCAUUCGACCAAUUGACCGUUGACGACGUUGCCAAGGCUAGACCUGAUGUCGAUGAGAAGGUUAACUACAUGGUCAAGAACGGUAAGUGGGAGGUUCCAUCCUACAAGGAGAAGUUCGGUGACUUGACUGUCAUGUAA